AUGGAACUAUUCAAAUUAAAAUUUAGUCAACUAGUUACAUUUCAAGGGCUCAGGAGCCAAACGUGGCUCGUGCCUACAGUACUGGAUAGUGUGGAUAAAGAACACUUCAUCAUUCUCGAAUGUUCUGUUGGAGAAUGUGGGUUCACAGAAAUUUCAACCUCAGGUUCUGAAAAUGAAACCUCUUCUCACCAGGUGUCCUCCCCGUGGAAGCGGUGCUUGUCCAGCUCCCCAGGAGGAUGUCAGCAGCUUGCAGGGCAGGGCUGUGGCAUCUGUUCAUCACUAGUGCCCACCUGGUGCAGUGCCAAGGACCUCAUCCACGCUCAGUCAUUGUGGGAUGGAAACCCGAGUGACAGGAGACUCAGGCUCAGACUCCUAAGUGUCCCCAGGGUCAUAAUUAGUCUUGGCGGAACUGUUAUUGUUCAAACUCCCCAGUAA